AUUUAGACGAUCUUUCAGUUGCCAUCUCGGUUCCGUUACGGCUUGGAGUUUCUUUUCUUUGGCGCCAAUCCAACUUCCGCUUAUGCCCUUUUAUUGGCUUUACCUCAUCCUUGGGGUUUUCUUAUUUUGGGGGAAGAAAAGGAGACAAAGGUUUCUUGCCUUACUUUUUGAAGAUAUGAUCGUUCAUGAACAAGAUCCUGAUGUUGUUCGGUGGGGCCUUCACAAUCUGAUAGGUGUCUUUGGAGUUCGCAAGGAUGGUUCGUGUAGUGGUGUUACUCGGUAUGAAGCAGACCAAAGCCAAGUUGAUUAUGUAAGGGAGGGCUAUAACAAACCGGCAUAUAGCAACAAUGUAGAGAGCGAUGCAGUUAUUGCACGUGCUCUGCAGGAAGAGUUCUCUCGUGUAGCAGCUGCUGAAGCGUCUGGUCGACUUGGCAAUGGACGAGAGUCCAUUGUUUCACAGGACUGGUUUAGUCCUUCAGGAAUUGAUCAUGAGAUUGGCCAGAGAAUGGGCGUUAAUGAUAAACCUGAUAGAAAGGGGGUUGCCCACUGCACACAAAAGGAAGCAGAUGGCUUUAGUGAUAAAAAAGUAGAAGAUGGUGAUGAAGUGCCCAUAUCAGUUUCUUCAUCUUUCCAGGAAGCUAAGCAUCCUAGUGUGGAAGACGAGCCAUUUGAUUUAAACAUAGCGGAUGAGUAUACCCUUGAUGGUGAAGUGGGCAAAAGGAUCAAUGAGAAGAUGGUUCCUGUUCCUCAUUUACCUAAGAUUAAUGGAGAAAUACCAACACUGGAUGAAGAGGUUUCAGAUCAUCAGAGACUCCUAGACAGGUUGAAGGUAUAUUCUCUCAUCGAGAAUAAGGUUCAAGGAGACGGUAAUUGUCAGUUUCGUGCUUUAUCAGACCAACUAUAUCGCUCUACUGAGCACCACAAAGUUGUCAGGCAGCAAGUGGUUGAUCAGCUAAGGUCUUGCCCUGAAAUGUACGAGGGGUAUGUUCCUAUGCCUUACAGCGACUAUCUGAACAACAUGUGCAAGCCUGGUGAAUGGGGUGAUCAUGUCACGCUACAAGCUGCUGCAGAUUCAUAUGGAGUGAAGAUAUUUGUGCUUACCUCUUUCAAGGACACAUGUUAUAUUGAGAUCGCGCCCCAUGUUGAGAAGUCCAAACGCAUUAUAUUCUUGAGCUUCUGGGCAGAGGUGCAUUACAAUUCAAUAUACCCUGAAGGAGAGUCGUUCUUGGCUGAGGAAAAUAAGAAGAAGAAAUGGUGGAAGCAGCCUCUCUCCAAUUAGAAAAUGGGCAAUGAAUUUACAUAUAUGCUUUGGCCAAGGGGUCGCAGCUUUUUUCUUGGGGCAUAAGCUUCCAUCCCUGAAUGUUGCUGCUGUUGGUUCUUGACAGAUGCUUGAUAAAAUUCCAUUGUAUAUGAUACAAAGAAUUACUUGCUCUCUUUCAUCUCCAUACAGGGGAGUCCCUCUCAAUUUUGUGUACAUAUGAACCGGAUUGUACAUAACAGCCGAUGCGCCUUAUAGUCAGUAUUAGUGUAUAAUACAAA